AUGACCACUAUCCUCUUUGUUCCUGGCGCUUGGAUUACUCCGGCCUUCUACCAGCCAUUUAUCCAUGCUCUCACGGUCGCUAGGUACGAUGUCCACUACGCUGGUUACCCCUCAUUAGACCCCAAAGACCCGCUUGUCGCCGAUUGCCAGACCGACACCGAUGCUGUUUCUGACAUCCUCCAGUCCCUCGUGGAGGAUGAGGGCAAAGAUGUUCUGGUGUUUAUGCACUCCUAUGGCGGCAUGCCCGGCUCUGCGGCAGCUAGCGGCCUAGCCAAAUCGCAGCGGGCGCAAGAAGGCAAAGCCGGUGGCGUAAUUGGACUACUGUUUCUGGGCGCCUUUGUCGUGGCGGAAGGCCUUAGUUGUGCCGGUCUUCAGGGCGGAGAUCUGCCCCCUGGAUCUUGCAGAAUCAGAAGCGCUGAAUUUGCUGACCUGCUGCAGCCUUCUGCAAAUGUCAAUAUUGUGGAUGACCCUAUUGGCAAUUUUGCUGCCGAUGUUGAUGGACACUUGGCCAACUCUUUGACCAGAUCACUCAAGCCGCAUUCGAAUUUGGCUUUCACGUCGCCCCAGCCCCAUCCGGCCUGGGCGGACCAAGCGUUCGACGGGCGCUUGGCUUUCAUCGUCACCACUGAGGAUGCUGCGGUGCCAAAGGAAGCACAAUCUGGAAUGAUGGCCGCCACGGAGAAGGCGUGGAUCGUCAAGGAAAUCGCGUCCAGUCACUGCGCACCAUUCCUUAAUCGGAUCGGCGAGACCGUGGGAUUGGUCCGUGAGAUCAUUAACCAAUUUCUAUAA